AUGGCCUACAACGCUCGCAUGAGCAUGGCUGGCUCACAACAGCACAAUAAUCGGUCUCGCAAGAAGGAAGACGACAAUGACGCAUUGAUGCGCCUGCCCGACAAGGAAAUUGCAGGAUGUAUCAAUGAUAUUGGAAUCCCCUUUACUGCCGCCGACCUGUUAAAACCCAAUGCGCAACAAAUUCAAAUGGUGUUCGAGUGGUUUGCAGAGCUUCUCAUGAACAUUACGCGCGAAACGGUUGAACCGGCGAUGCAUGCUGCCGCCGAGGACAUCUGUGGCGACUACCCCGAUAUUGUUCCAAACGACACGCGCAACCUUAUGGGAUUCUUUGUGAGCAUUCGGACCUUGCUGGCCGAGUGUGGAGUCAAUGACUUUACCUUCACUGAUCUCACGAGACCAACCCAUGACCGACUUGUGAAGAUUUUCUCAUACCUCAUCAAUUUUGUCCGCUUCCGCGAAUCGCAAACCCCGGUGAUAGAUGAACAUUUCAACAAGACCGAGAAGACCAAGGCGCGGAUCGACCAACUUCUAGCCGAGAAUCAAGAGAUGCAGCAACGACUGGCCGAAAUGCGCCGGGAUCAACAAGCCAACGAGAUUCAAGUACGAGAGAAGGUCGCGCGGAAUGAUGCGCUUAAGGCUCGGCUUCGUGAGUUGGGAGCCGAGCAAUCUCGUGUGGCAGAGACCCUCGAUCGCGUCAAAGGAGAAAGGGGGCGGCGGCAACAGCAACUGGAAGAGAAAAUGGAGAGGACGGUCAGGGCGCGACAAGAAGCUGAAAAAUUGCGGCCCUACGUCCUGGAAUCGCCUGUCACACUUCAAACAUCGUUGACCGAGCUGGCCGAGAAUUUGAUGCGCGAGAAAGCGCAGAUCGAUUCGAUGGAAAGGCGUGCUCGCGCACUUCAGACCUCAUCUGAUACCUUCACAGUCGUUUCAAAUGAUGUACAAGCUUGCGUCAAAUUGCUCGAGGAUAUUUCCAGCGAGCUUCAGAAGGAGGAGGAAGAAGAAGCACGCGCAGCGCGAAACAAGGAUGCGAUCUCAGACAAAGGGAAUACUGUCCGAGAAGUUGAACAAACGGAGAAGCUACUACAGCGGCAAUUAGCUCGUUGGCAAGAGCGCAUUGAGGCGUUGCGCAAAUCGGCACAGGAAAAGGCCGAGGCUGCACAAAUUCGAAUGGAGGAACUUCGAGCCGUCCAGAAACAGCUCCGCGAGGAGCGAGCCGAAAAACAGCGAGACAUGGAACGAAGACGCAUUCGAAUUGAGCAGACAGAAAAGAAGAUGGUCGACCUCAAAGAGAAUAUCGAGAGCGAGAUUCAAGCGGCUCACGACCAGUACCUGAAGCUUGAAUCGCACAUUAAACUCUAUAUCACAGAGAUGGAAAAGUCACUGUGA